GUACAUGUAUCUUUGCGACUUUGAGCUAGAUACCCACAAGCUCCCCACCAAGUCCAACUCAAUCGUGCUCCAUACGUCAACCUCCAGCAAAUGGCACAGCUCAUUCCACACACCAUACCAGUUCGAGUCUUUGAAGAUCAUGAAGCACGUGUAUCUGCAGUCGCAGUUUUCUCUGAUAAACGAUGUAUGGUCACAUGUUCUGACGACAAGAUGCUUCGUCUGUGGGACUUAACGACAGGUGUAAUGUUGAAGAAGAUGGAGGGACAUCGCGAGAGGGUACAGGCAUUGGCGGUAUCACGGGAUGGGCGAUUUAUAGCAAGCGGUGAUACCAACGGAGAACUCAUUGCAUGGGAUGGAGAAACUGGCGAACCUCUCGCCCGAACUUUCAGAGCCCACACCGGUUGGAUAUUAUCGCUGGAUUUCUCUCCAGAUGGCGAAGUACUGGCCAGUGGAUCAUCAUCAGACUCUACGACGAUGCUGUGGAGCACAACACCAUGGCAGCCGUAUGAUGGGUAUCCAAUAUUUUGUGGUGAAAAUACAUUCGUCCGCUGUGUUCGGUAUUCGCCAUCACAGUCGGAGUCUCUUCUUGCAAUUGCAACAGAGCACAAUAUUCAGAUUUACUACACUUCUCAUUCCGGCACAUUGCACGACAACUACUAUUCUUCGAGCCGCUUCCGAGUUGAGUGCCAAAGAACAAUCCAUGAAGGAUACAACUACUCACUCGCGUGGACGCCCGAUGGUACACGCCUUCUCUCAGCGGGCGGAGGGGCUGAUCCCACCAUACGAGAGUGGGAUAAAUGGUCGACCUCAAAGCAGAUCGGUGAUCCCUUGAAGCUUAAGGGCCAUUUCAAGACGAUCCGCGCCAUUUCCCUGAACUCUAACGGCACUCUCCUUGCCUCCGCAUCUCAUGACAAUCAUGUCCGUCUCUGGCGGCUCUCAGAUCGACGAACCAUCGCCAUAUUCAGGCACACUGGUGAGGUGCACUGCGUCGCCUUCUCCGCAGAUGACAAGCACAUCCUCAGCGGAGGUGCGGAUAAGAAGAUCUCACAGUGGUCAGCAUCCGAGGACGCCUUGUCAGAGGGUGGUACAAAGGAUGGUCUCAUGAAGGAGCAGGUGACACAUCAGGCUCAAGCCUACUCUGAUUUCAAGGCAUGCUCCCUCCUUCCACUCUGAUCACGCAACGAGAACAUGCUUCACACAGGUCCUCGCUAUUAACUCGACAAUCCGCAAUGCGUGUAUAACUGGGAACUGGC